CUGACAUAAGGUUGACACGUUCCGCGCGCGUACGCGAUUUCGUUCCCUGCUGCUCAAAAGAUAGAUAGAGUUAUAGAUUCAGAUAUUGACCCAAGAGUGAAUCAGUUUCGCUGUGUUGUCGCUUAUGCAUGUGCGUACUUAAGCUGCCAAGAAGGUAGACUUAAUUGGCUAAUUAACUCGAACAAGCCUUGAAUUACUCGCAUAAAACACAAAAAGUUGAUUAAAAUCAAAUAACUGUCAUCCAUAAAAGGUGUAUAAAAAGUGAAAAACUUAUACGAAUGUGUACCGAAAUGUUGUCAUAGAUUGGGCCUCCUUACAAUAAGCGUCAAGGACAAUUAAACGUUGGGCGCUUAAUAGAACACACAAUAAAAUCUGUCAAAGGCAAAGUGAACGUAUGCAAUACAGAAAACGCAUGUGGUUCAGUGCCUAGUUGCUAAUUAGUUGGAAAAGCAAAGAGCGCUUUUGAAAAAAACAUAAAAUAAAACUAAAAUUGAGCAAAAAGGAAUGAUGCGUGCCAGAAGCGCUGGAAUUUAAUGCAAAGUAUGUAAGCUUCUAAUAAAUUAAAACUUAAAGAGGACACGAAAUAGCGCAUUGUAUUUCACAUACCAUAUCAAUUACGGGAAACAUCUCGCGCCGCACAAGAGACCACUUCAACCAAUUUUAAAAGAGGGGUGCGUAUACGUAGCACGGGAUAAAACAAUGAAAAUAAUUUCGGGUAGCAUACGCCACGGGAGCGGUGCGACUUCCUCAGCGUGCAGUCGACCCCGCAACCAAGUGCCGCUGAAAAUGAAGUGUCCCAUUUUGAUUGUAAUUAGCCUAGGAUGUCUGCUUUCCGCCCUCUGCUACGCCGAUGCCACCACUUCAAAUCGAGGAACCAAUACCCGAUCCCUGACAAAUGCCCAGCAACUAAUUGCGGCCUCUUCCACCUCGCUGACUGCGGCGCAACCGCGCUUCCUUUCCCGUGGGCACACCUAUCGGGCAGUAGUGGGUGACACGCUUGUCCUGCCCUGUCAGGUUGAGAAUCUGGGCAAUUUCGUCUUGUUGUGGCGCCGUGGCCCAAAUGUACUUACCGCCUCCAACAUCAUGGUAACACGGGAUGAGCGCGUAAGACUGAUAGAUGGUUAUAAUUUAGAGAUAUCAGAUUUGGAACCACAAGAUGCAGGGGAUUACGUUUGCCAAAUCAGUGACAAAAUAAAUCGUGAUCAAGUACACACAGUCGAAAUUUUGGUGCCUCCAAGCGUUCGCGCUAUCCCCACAUCGGGACAGCUGCAGGCACGAAAGGGCGGACCUAUUACCCUUGAAUGUAAGGGAUCCGGUAAUCCGGUACCAUCAAUUUACUGGACCAAAAAGAGCGGCACUGGCAAAUCGCCGGCUAGAAUUGGUGAUGGACCUAUACUAACUUUAGACAAAUUGGAGCGCCAACAAGCGGGGGUAUAUCAAUGCACCGCCGAUAAUGGCGUCGGAGACCCAGUUACGGUGGAUAUGCGACUGGAUGUUUUAUACCCACCGGAUAUUCAAGUGGAAAAAUCCUGGAUACACUCUGGAGAAGGAUUCGAGGCAAAACUCGUUUGCAUUGUUUACGCUGAUCCGGUCGCAACGGUGUCCUGGUACCAAAACUCAUUUCCGAUUCAAACAACCGAUCGGCGAAUUAUGAACACAAGAGCCAAUCGACAUACACUUACCAUACGUCACAUCCAGCAGGAGGACUUUGGCAACUACAGUUGCGUAGCUGAUAACUCUUUGGGACGCUCCCGCAAGUACAUGGAACUCUCUGGUCGGCCUGGUCCCGCUGAGUUUUACUCGCCAAAGUGGGGACGUUCUUCUGAUAGUUACAAUUUGACAUGGAAAAUCGAUAGCUAUCCCCCUCUAGAGGAGGUGCGCCUGCUCUACCGACGAGUACUGAUGAAUGACACAUUUCAGCAGCCAGGAAGAUGGCAUGAUUUUAUUCUCACCCCCGAACAUCGUCCAGCCUCUGAGCCCCUUACUCAUAUCAUGUCUUACACUAUUAAGCAUCUGCAUCCAGGUGCAUAUUACGAAGCAAUUGUUCAAGCUAAAAACCGAUAUGGUUGGAAUGAGGUCAGCGAUAUAUUUCAAUUUAUCGUUGCCAGCAACAGCAUGGACAUUGCGCCCGAGGACGCCGAAGUGGUAGCCAGUUCAAAGUCGCGCAGCAACAGCGGCGCAUUCAGCAGCCUACAAAACGCUAUCCCCCAUUGUUUGCUUCUUCGUGGAGCACUGUUGCUUGCCUUUGGCUUGCGAAAUAGCCAGUUUGAACGACUUCGUUUUGGCUUGGGAUAAGCCAUACAUACAGCGUCGGCUAUGCCGAGAAACUUGAUUUCUUAUAAAGUUAAAUUUGUAUUUUGUUUAACUUGUUUUUUUGCCAAAAAGGUUAGGGAAAAUAUGAAGACGAUCUCUAAACUACACGCUUUAAAAGAUACUAUAUAAGUCUUCAACAUUAUUUCAUGUAUCUAAAUGUGCAUCUGUAAAACACAUUCACUACUUAAGCCCAUUUAAAUGUAUAUUUUGUUUUUACUGCCACCGUUGAAUUUAAUCAAUCAUUUCGUACAGGUACUACAGAAAACAAACCAAAGAUACACCCAGAUUAGAUUUAUAAAAAUAUAUACAAAAAAAAUUAGGCAAAAACUUAACAACCUCCAAUGUAAAUAAUUUUUCAACCAUUUUGUCAGCCAUUAAAUUAGCUAUUUCAUGAGCGCAGAAUAAAAAGUGCGAGUAAUACAAAAACGUAUUAUAAAGGGCAACUGCGAAUGCAAUAUAUGAGAAUAUGAAAGCAGCAAAUCCAUAGUAGGAUAGUCCACUCGAACUAGGUCAUGUAAAUAUGCAUCAGAUAUUUGAAUGUGAAUUACAUUUUAAGUAUUUCAUAAAAACUCCAAUGCGUAAAUAAUAUAUGUAAAUUAAGCAAGCAUUAUAUAGUGAUAUUAUUUAGUUUAAAAUGAAAUCAUAAAUACCUAUGAAUAGCAAACGAAACACCACUGUAAAAUGUUAGCUGUAAGGUAUUUUUAAUAUUCCUGUUUUUGUUUUUGUUUUUAUUUAUUUCGCUCAACUUAGUUGUAAGUGCACCAACCACAUUAAUUUAGAAUAACGUUUCGAAUUAUAGUUAGCAUUUAAGAAAACAUGUUGUACCACCAAAAACAAGAAAACUAAAAUAAACCCUAAUAUAAAAUUCAAACACGCAUUUUAGCAAACUAAAAUACAGAUUAUAAGUAAACCAUGAAUAACAGCUCAUUAAAGUACUUGUAAAUACAAGGACAUUGAGCGCUGUAUUUGAUCAGCUUUUGCACCUAGCAGUUGUACGAUCGUACUUGUAUAUUUAGCCACAAAAUACGGCCAAGCUAAUUUUAAGCAUGCAAUAUGAACCCAUACAGAUACGACUUUUGUGUAGUUGCACUUGAAAUAAAUUGUCGAAUUAGAGGUAAAUUAAUUAUGUGUGUUAAUAAAUUGCCACUAAGAAGUGAACUCGUAAGCAUGGGUUAUGGUGUAACUACUGUAAUUGAAGCAUUAACAACUUGACAAUUUACAGUAGCAUCAAGUUAAUCAGACAAGUAAAAAUAAUAACAUUAGAAUGUAUUUCCUGAAUAUAUGUCAACUAAAAA